GUUAAUAAUUAAGUGAUUAAAUUACUUCAAUAAUAAAGUCUACAAAGUCCACGUUUCCUUUCGAGAACUCGACAAGGGGAAUUAUAUAUCAUAGGUGGACGAGUACGAAUAAAAGUAAUUUUAUUUGGAAAGUCAGUUUGCGUGCAGACACCGGCACUUCUACUUCCAUCCAACAUUAAAGCCAUGCGGCUGCAGCCACCCUCCGCAUCUGGCCGACGUUAAACGGGGUGAGCGGGACCGGCACUGCAUGAUGUCAAUGGGUGAGCCCCAAUGAAAUCUCGCGAGAAAUCCGCGAGAACGGAAGUUCCGUCUCCGGGCCAGCGGUCGGUUGAGUGUAUUGGUGAUCCAGUUGUUUACGGUAACGAGAAUGACUGCACUCGCUCACUGACCGUCCCGACUCCUCUCGGAUCCGGCGCGCCGUUCGGCUUUUUUCCCCGCACGUUCGGAGCGGAAGCGAGCUGUGAAUGACAGACAUCGUGUCCUCCACUGUACUUAGUGAAAUACAACUUCGCUUACUCUGUCAUGAUGACAUAGAUACAGUGAAGCAACUCUGUGGUGAUUGGUUCCCAAUAGAGUAUCCAGAUUCAUGGUACCGGGACAUCACUUCCAACAAGAAAUUUUUUUCCCUAGCAGCCACGUACAAAGGUGGCAUUGUGGGAAUGAUUGUGGCUGAAAUAAAAAGUAGAACAAAGGUACACAAAGAGGAUGGAGAUAUUCUGGCCUCUGGUUUUCCUAUAGAGACUCAAGUUGCUUACAUUUUAAGUCUAGGAGUUGUAAAGGAAUUCCGAAAACAUGGAAUAGGUUCAUUAUUACUUGAAAGUCUGAAGGAUCACAUAUCAACCACUGCUCAAGAUCAUUGCAAAGCAAUCUAUUUGCAUGUCCUUACUACAAAUAGUACUGCCAUCCACUUCUAUGAAAAUAGGGACUUUAAGCAACAUCAUUAUCUGCCCUAUUAUUACUCUAUACGUGGUGUUUUAAAAGAUGGCUUCACUUAUGUUCUUUAUAUCAACGGGGGACAUCCUCCUUGGACAAUCUUUGACUAUAUUCAUCAUAUUGGCUCAUCUCUGGUGAAUCUGAGGCCUUGCUCCAUUCCUCAGCGAAUAUACCGUCAAGCGCAGAACAUUAUUCGCAGUUUUUUACCCUGGCCUGGUAUCUCAGCAAAAAGUGGAAUUGAAUAUAGCAGAGCAAUGUGAUCACUUAUUUUUUGAAAAAAAAUCUGAAAAGCCUCAAAACAGACCACCUGCACUGAAUAUAUUUGUAUUUCUUCUGGACAUCUGUAUGCCAAGCAGGGAGGAUGGGAUGCUCCAUCAUUGAUGCAAUUGUAAUUCUAUACAGAAUGUAUUAUAUUACAGUGUUACCCAGCUAUCAGUUAAUGGAGCAAGUGCAGUGCACCAAGAUUCAUCUGUUCCAUUAAGGCCUUUUGAUUACUUUUUACACUCUGUAAUUUGCUGCUAUCUAGAAAACCACUUCAUCAUCUUUGUAAUUGUAUAUGGAUUCUAAAUGUAGAUGCAUUUUGUUUUAUUUUGCUUGAGUAUUUCAGUCUUAUUGUAUAUCUUGAGUGUAUGGCAGAGAUUAUUUGGAUUUUUACUGCAUUCAGGUUUUAAAGUUGCUGAACUAGCUUAUGUGUUCUCAUCCUUUUACAGCCUUUACCUAUAAUUCAUUAUUGGGCUUGUAACAGUGAGAAACAAAAUCUAGUUUUCUGAUCGAUGGACAUUUUGGAUAUCAAAGUGCCUACUUUUAGUUGCAAUUUCAAGGAGUCUUUGUAUAUCCCUGCCCUUUACUGAAUUGAAUGUACUUGGUUUACCUUGUGUAUUUGUGGUUGGGAAUGGUGUGGGGGGGUUGGGGGUGGUGGUGGGGAAGAGGCAAGGGUGGAAACAUGCAGACAGUUCAGCUAUCUUUUCAGCCAUAUGAAUGACCACUUAAUGGGAUAAUCAACAAAGGUUAUCAGUAAUUCAAGAAAGUGGUGAAAAGGCCCAAGAUAAACAAUCUUGCUCUUUUGAAGAGCUGUUUAUGCUGCUAUUCGCCACUUUGUUAUGUCAUAUUAUAUUUUGUUUUCUUGAAUUUCAAAUCUUGUCUUUCAUAUUUGGGGAAAGUACAUUUUUGACAAUUUAGAGUAUCUCCUAUUUAAAUUUGUUUUGAACUGCUCCAAAUAAACACAACUUUAAAUAGAGUUUCUCUUCCCAAAAGCAAGUUUUCAUUUUCAUUUCUCUGGCUUUGCAGUGCAUGAAUUACCUAAUCAAUGUGUGGUUCUUUCCAUAUGUCAGACUGUAAUCAAAUGUGUAAAUAAUUGCAAGGUUUUUCAUCAGUUUUCUUUUGGUAUAUGCCUGAUAAUUAUUGUAAAGAUGUAAUGUGUAUGUGUCACAGGUGGGAAUACAGAUCAUUAUGAACUGCUAGAACUACUGUGAAAAAUGUUCCUAUGUAAUGUGUCAAUCUACAUGAAUUUCAGCAUUUUUUAGCCUUGGUGAUCUAGCUGUUUAAAACUUUUAAAUUCAUUCCAUGAUUCUGUUUCACUAUUUAAAACAAAAAUGCCUACACUGUUCCACAGAAUUUUAAAAUUUUGGCACCAAUGACAAUCAGUGUAUGACUUUUAAACAGUAAUUGCACUUUAGAUGUAUAGUAAAUGUUAAUAUAUUUAUGUAGUGGCACCCCUUGUAUCUGGGCAGAAUUUGUUUUAAUACACAGACUUCUGAUCUCCUAUUAAAAACCAGUAUUCAUUGUUCAUGGAACACCAGGCUCUAUGAGAAAUAGAACCAUAGUUUGAAAUGAAGAUCAAAUGUUUCAGAAUUUCAAUUGACUACAAUAGUAGUUAAAUAUACAAAUACAAUAAUAAAGAUUCCAAUUAAUGUAGUAUCUUGCUUUGUUGUAUUGUUAUUUGUGUUGUCGUAGUUCAAAGAAAAUUCGUUAACCUAAUUGAUUUCUGAACUCCUGCAUCAAUUUAAGAAAUGUAUUUGCCUGUUUAUUGCAUAAAAUGUUUUUGAAUAGAAUUAUUAAGUUUUGUUCCUUGUUUUACAAAACUUUUAGAUUCUUGUGCAGAAUUAUUUUCUAAAACAAUUAGGUUACAUAAAUUUACUGGUCACAGCACUGAAAGAAGUCUUGGUAAAACAAUUUAAAAAAACAUCAAAAUCAUUAUUUGUUUCUUGUGUUUUGAUGAGAUUGUAACGGCUUUGAUGUUAUUUACUUAAUUAAUGUGGGCAGUGGGUUAUUACUGGAGGAUGCAUAGCUUACAC